CUAACUAUUACACCUGCUGUUCCUACCCUCGGGGCCCUGAUGUCUGGCUGCAGCCCAAUCCCCCCUGACGGUUGUGGGGCAGAAGCACUAUCGAAGGGAGUCUCAGGAGACCCACGCAGAUUCUCCAAGUCUGAGAGGGAUGUGGAUUGUCCCAGCCGGAGAUCUCUGCCUGGGGAAGAGGUUCAUCCCAGCAAGGAGACAUCGCUAAUUCUCCUGCCACUGACCACUGAGAAAGCAGGGAGAGACUCCACACCCCAGACCUCGGGGGGCCCUGCAGUCACCCGCUGCCCUGAGCGCUGGAGGGACAAGGCUCCACUCCCCAUGCACCCACAGCCCCCGGUGGCUCCGGCCCGGCUGGGGAAACAGCGUCUGGGCUCCACCGCAUCUGUCUGCAGCCGCCAGAGCUGUAAAUCCACCGCCUCACACAUCCAGGAGGUAGCUGGGGAUGACCGCUGCGCUCACUGUGCCCUGGCCUGUCUGUUCUGCGAGUUCCUGGCGCUGUGCUCCCUGGCGCUGGACGGCCUGGACUGCGGGGCACUGUGCCUGGCUGGGGGGUGCUGCGCGGGGGGGGAGCCCCCGGGUCCCGGCUGCGGGGGAGGUGGCUGCCCCUGCGGAGGGGGCUGCGGGCUCCUCCAGGACUGCUGCAAUUCUGCCGACUGCCUGGAAAUCUGCCUGGAGUGCUGCUCCAUCUGCUUCCCCGUCUGAGCUAGUGAGAGAGCUGAGCCCCCCCCAAAGAACCCCACCCUACUAGGUAAGGGCCCCCAGCUCCUCACGAUCCCACCCCAUUCCUGCCUGGUCCUAAUCCUGGCCCUCUAUGGGCUGAGCCCUGCCCUGCCCAACCCAGCCGGUGAUGUCAUUGGAUGGGCUGAGCCACGCCCCCAGGGAGGGUGAUGUCACCCAGUGGCCCAAGUCACACUUCAUUCCACACAGAGAUGGGCUACAAGCCGUCAGGAACGGUAUCCCGAUGGCUGAACUUUGUGACUUU